AUGACCACUCCUCUCAAAUAGAAAUUUAAUAUCGAGGACGGUUCAGAGUCAGAAUAAGAAGAAACCUAGAAGAAAUCCUCUGAAAAUCAACCCUUAUUUCAAACAUCCUUAUUUUCCUCCUUACCAUCAAACUCAAAAUCACUAAAAAAGAAACCAUUAGCAAAACUGACACUCUAGGAUUUCCUCACUAAUUAUGAUUAAAAUUUUGAUGAUGUCUUUGGAGAAAAAGAACUCCCAUAAACUUAAGACUAGGUAGCCAAGAAGAAAAAGAAGAAAACAGCAAAAAAGAAAAAACAUUAAUCUGAUUCUGAAUCAGAAUACAAAUCAUUACCUAAAGUGUCAAAAAAGAAAUAGAAUGCAGAUUCAGAAUAAUCAAAUGAAAAAUAAAUGGAGCCUUCACUAACUAAGUAAUCAACAUCAAAGAAUCAGAAAAAACACAGACUAACUAAAAUUGAUAGUAGUAAACUCACAUCUGAAGAGAAAUCAAACGAAGUCAAAAGAUAUGAUCCAAAUUGUGUAGAUCUACCAGAAAACACUAAGGCUGAUAAGAAGAAUUUCAAAUUAAGGAAAUUUUUGUUUAGUUUUGGGUUGGAACAAUAGAAUCCAGAUGAUGAUCAAGAAUAAGAAGAGGAAAAGGAAGAGUAAGUAGAAGAAUAAAAAGAAAGCGUUAAUAGUAAGAAUACUAAAAAGAAAAGCAAUUAAAUAAGUGAAAAUAAGGAUAAUUAAAUAGAAUAAUUGGAUAUUGAUAAAAUUGAAAAUAACAACAAAAAGAGGAAACAACCAAAAAAGACUAUGACUAAUUCAAGAGAAAAUGAGAAAUAGAAAUAACAAUAAAGAGAAUAGAAACAACCAGAAAUAGAUCCUAAAACUAUGCUUAAUCUUGAUACAUUAAAAUUGAAUGUCUAUAUUCCAGAAUGCAACCCUAAAGAUAAUGAUAAUGAUAUUAAUUAAUGA